AGCGAGCAGCAGGGACCAGACAGAGGCCAGCAUGGACUCGGCGGACGCCACUGUGGAACAACUCCGCGCACAGUGCCUGGCCCGCGGGACCUCGGGGAUCCAAGGCCUGGCCAGGUUCUUCCGCCGCCUGGACCGGGACGGGAGCCGGUCCCUGGACGCGGGGGAGCUUCAGCGGGGCCUGGCCCAGCAGGGGCUGGCACUGGGUGAGGCCGAAGCUCAGGCCGUGUGCCGGCGCUGGGACCGCGAUGGCAGCGGGACGCUGGACCUGGACGAGUUCCUGCGGGCGCUGCGGCCCCCCAUGUCCCAGGCCCGGGAGGCGGUCAUUGCAGCCGCUUUCGCCAAGCUGGACCGCAGCGGGGACGGCGUGGUGACCGUGGAAGACCUCCGCGGGGUGUACAGCGGCCGCGCCCACCCCAAGGUCCGCAGCGGCCAGUGGACUGAGGAGGAAGCACUCCGCCACUUCCUGGACGGCUUCGACUCCGAGAACAAGGAUGGGCAGGUCACGCUGGCGGAGUUCCAGGACUACUACAGCGGAGUGAGUGCCUCUGUGGACUCGGACGACGAGUUCGUGGCCAUGGUGACCAGCGCCUGGCGGCUGUGAGCAGCCUCGCCCACCAGCACUGACCCCUUGACGCCGAGCCCAAGCAGGUGGGGGAGGGGCCAGCUUGCGCCGAAAACCUGCUUCACCAGCUCUCGGGGCCUGUGUGACCUCUGGGCUGAAGGAGACAAUGGCUCCUGCUCAAGGUUCCAGCAGAAGGGCCACCAAGCCCCCUUCCGCUUUGCCCCGCCCCCACAGUGUAGCCCCUACCCCCCACCUUUACCCUCAGCCCCUUCAGCAGGAGGAAGACAUGGGCGGGCCAGCUCUUCUGAGAUGAGAGCCCCCGUGGGGGGCACCCUGGAGGGAGGGCCGAGUGUCCAGGGCGAUGAGUGUCCUGUGGCCCCUGGCAUGUAGGAGGCUGGGGUUUUAGUUAAAAGUUUUAAUGUCGAUCCCAAAUACAUCUCAUAGGACGAUCUUACAUAAAUGUUCAAGACACGA